AGUUGCUUGUGUUGCAGCUGUGGCAGCUGCACACCGUAUUUAGAAGUGUCGGAUAAAUCACGCGUUCUUUGCAUCUUCACUGUCUUGAGUCCCUACGCAUCUCUCAGAUUACCUGUCAAUCGGACAUCCACUCGCGCCACAAGGGACUGAGAUUAUCGAGGUUUUGCCGCGCAAGCAGAUAGCGCAGCCAGCGCGGGGCGUCAGCUGCACAGCAGUCGCGCAGCCCCCGCUGUUGUAUGCAGAUGACAGCGGCCAAGGUAUCGUCGGUGCAUUCUAUCCCGCUGUAUCCGGAACCACGCUUGGUGAUAUUCGAACCGGCGAUGCCAAUGGAUCACCCCCUCGAAAAGCUUGAGCCGGGCACGAUCAUCGAGCUGUCGGGCCAUGUUCUCGGCAGCCCCAAGAGGUUUAGCAUCAACCUCGUGACAGCCGGCGGCGACAUCGCGCUGCACGUGAAUCCGCGCUUCGACGUCGGCAACACGGUCUUCAACACGUUCCGCAACGAGGAUUGGGAGGAGGAGGAGGUAGUCCAGCGCCUACCCGUGCAGCAGGGGCACAACUUCGACUUCAUGAUACUCGUCGAAGAGAUGGGCUACAAGGUGGCCUUCAACGGGCUCCACUUUGCGGACUUCAAGCACCGGCUGCUCUACAGCAUGGUGCAGAGGCUCAAGGUCGACGGCUGCGUCACCGUUCACCGUGUCGAGCAGCGACCACCGUUGGGUGCUCCGAUGCCCCCCAUGGAGGGCUGCCAGCAGCCGGAACAGCCUCUGCCAGUUGAACCGUGCGUUGUGUACAAUCCGCCAACGCCAUUCCUGCACAUGCUGCCUGGCGGGCGCCUGACACCCGGUCUGAUGGUCUACGUCAGCGGCCGACCACACAGCGAGGCCACCUCGUUCUCGCUGAACUUCCAGUGCGGAAGCCAGGGCUCGGACAUUGCAUUCCACUUCAAUCCGCGCUUCCAUCGCAAGGAGAUGGUGCGCAACAGCUUUCAGGAUGGUGACUGGGGAACGGAGGAGCGCAAGUGCCACGGCUUCCCCUUCACACCCGGGGUGCACUUUGAUGUGCUCAUCCGGGUGCUGGACGCCACCUACGACGUGGCCGUCAACGGCCAGCACUACCUGCAGUUCCAGCACCGGCUGCAGCCGCUGCAGCGCGUCAGCCACUUCCUCGUCGAGGGCGACGUGCUGCUGGCAUCGUGCAAGUUUCAACACUGCUGAUGCCGUCACUACGAAAGGCUCGACGCUAACACUAACGGCUCACUGGUUAAACCCGAAUAAAGAUCUAGUCUCGAAAUGUUAAUGCAAUAUCUGUUAGAAUAAAACUCUACAUUUGUUUGUA